ACAUCGAUACUAUCGAUUGUGCCCUCGAUUGUUUGACACCUCUAAUAAAAAACAUUAAAAAUUGUUUAUAUUUAUAAUCAUACGGCAGUUUUCACAUAAAUACCAUGCCGGCCUACCACUCCCAAAUCAAAGAGUUCCCCCAGCAGGUGGGCAACAUGGCAAUCCUGCCCCUACGUACCCAGGUGCGUGGACCAGCGCCCAGUGCCAAUGUGGAGAACGACAUCAUUGAUGAGUCACUAUACUUUUUCAAAGCCAAUGUAUUCUUCCGCACAUACGAAAUCAAAUCGGAGGUGGACCGCGUUCUCAUCUAUGUGACGCUGUACAUAACCGAAUGUCUGAAGCGGCUUAAUCGAUGCACCAACAAGAACCAGGGACAGCAGGAUAUGUAUAGCCUGGCCAUUUCCAAGUUUGACAUACCCGGCGACGCUGGUUUCCCCCUGAACGCCGUCUAUGCCAAGCCCCAAACGGCACAGGAUUCGGACCUGAUGCGUCAGUAUCUGCUGCAGCUGCGCCACGAGACCGGCAAUCGUGUGGUGGAGAAGGUCUUUAACACGGAGGAUGGCAAGCCAAACAAGUGGUGGACGAGCUUUGCCAAGAAGAAGUUCAUGGAGAAGAGCCUGGCUGGCCCGGGACAGUAGAGCCGUUCCGGUUCCAUUCCAAUAUCGAAUUGCAAACUCCGCAGUAUUGGUGGUGAAAGGGCGUUCACCUCCAUAUACACAAAUUUCAUACAUAAAUCAUUUAAUAGCGUUCCGCCCGCUCUUUUAUGCAGUAUUCACUGUACAAUAACAAAAUUGUCUAUUGAGACGCAGCCA